AUGUUAUUAUGUAGACCGGGCAGUACUGGUUAUCCCAUCCGAUGUGGGAUUGCAGAGCCAUCAGGAGAGCCAGCUCCCAUGGGACAAAAGACCAAGUACAAUGAUGGGUUUUUUGAGAAGGGAUUUAUGACACUGUUUGCUCGCAAAAUGAAGAAGUUUGCAGCUCCAGUGAAGGCCAGGACUGAGACUAAGGAGAAGGCAUGGUGGGAAUAUGACUAUGAGAGCUUUGUGGAUGUGUCUAAGAGAGUGAUGCAGGGGAGGUCUAGAGUUCAGCAGCAGCAAGUAGUUCGAGAGGUGCUCUUGUCUAUGCUGCCUCCAGGUGCGCCUGCUCAGUUUAGGAAAUUGUUUCCACCAACAAAGUGGGCAGCUGAAUUCAAUGCUGCAUUAACAGUGCCUUUCUUCCACUGGUUGGUUGGGCCUUCUGAGGUUGUAGAAGUUGAGAUAAAUGGGGUGAAGCAAAGAAGUGGAGUCCAUAUAAAGAAAUGCAGGUACCUGGAGAACAGUGGGUGUGUUGGAAUGUGUGUGAAUAUGUGCAAGUUUCCUACUCAAGAUUUCUUCACCAAUGAAUUUGGGCUUCCCUUAAACAUGAUUCCAAAUUUUGAAGAUAUGAGUUGUGAAAUGGUGUAUGGCCAAGUUCCACCACCAUUUGAAGAGGAUCCAGUGUCCAAACAACCAUGUUUUACUGAUAUAUGUUCCAUUGCAACUCCCAGCGCCAGUGUCUGUCCAAAAUUACAAGCUUGA